AGUUAAUUCAAUAUGUCUGCGCCCAUGAGAUGACCGUGAUGGAGAUUAACGGGUCAGAAUAAACAACAUUAACAUGAAUACGACAAAGAGCAUGUUCGCUUUGGCGAUACGAAUGUAUUCAACGAAAGCCGCUCCCAAAAAUACUAGACCAAGAAAGACCACCUUUAUAGAUUCUCUACGUUUACACGUGAGGGGAGGGUCAGGAGGACAGGGCAUUCAGAAGUUUGGAGGCUCUGGAGGGGACGGAGGAUGUGUUUAUGUUAAAGCAAACAAGGACAUUGAAAAUCUCCAUACUGUCUUAGAAAGUAAUCCAAAGAAACGAUAUGUUGCAGAGGUUGGACAAGAUAGCAGAAAACACUGGAUCCUGGGAAACAGCGGUGAAGACAUAUGUAUAGAGGUACCCCUCGGAGUGUCGGUGAAAGACCAGGAUGGCAAAGAAAUAGCGGACCUGGACGAGCAUGAUCAGGAAGUGGUUGUUGCAGAAGGGGGAAAUGGAGGGACGGAACGAAACAACUUCCUCGGCCUAAGAGGGCAGGCUCGUACUAUCGUUCUGGACCUAAAACUCAUCGCAGAUGUUGCUUUGGUGGGAUUUCCAAAUGCGGGAAAAUCUACUACCUUGUCUGCUGUAUCUCGAACUUCUCCAAAGAUAGCUUCGUAUCCAUUCACAACAAUACGACCGUACAUUGGAACUAUGGAAUACCCAGAUUUGAGACAGAUAACGGUGGCAGAUCUGCCAGGUCUAAUCGAAGGUGCUCACAUAAACAAGGGGAUGGGCCACAAGUUCCUCAAACACAUUGAGAGGACCAAGCUUCUCCUGUUUAUCAUAGACAUUGACGGAUUCCAGCUCCACAACAGAUACAACUACAGAAGUGCAUUUGAAACUAUACUUUUGCUGAAUAAGGAACUGGAGUUGUACAACAGGGAAGUUCUUGAGAAGCCUGCUAUCUUAGCACUCAAUAAAAUUGAUCUAGAUCACGAUAACGAAAAGACAAACACACUCAUACAACAAGUAAAAGGCCUACCAGAAUCUCUCAGUGCAGUGGACUCUGAACUCCAUCCUGAGCAACUAAUCAAGUUUGACGGUAUAUUGAAAAUGUCAGCGAAAAAUCGUGAUUCCGUGGAAAUGGUCAAGGACCGUAUUCGCAAGAGACUCGACUUCCAUCAUGAAAAGGAAAGGAGACUGAAGGAGAAACACGGAAUCUGUUUACCAGAAAAUUCUAAGGGACUGCAGGAACGCCUCAAAUUGAAAAACGAACAAAGCAAAUCAAGGUUACUAUAAGAACAGAGUAUAUCAGUAUCUUAGUGUGUUGUGUCUUGGCCGAAAAAAAACAACUCUGUUCACGACUUUUUCAAAGAAAAUUGAAUGUUGUUUACCACCUGACUUAAUUGUGGUUCUUUCUCAUGUACCAAAAACCUGGUACAUUUGGAGAUCUAUUUUGCCAUGAUGAUUAUAUUCACAAUCUGAGAGGAAUAUUUAUAACUAACCUUGGGCCUAGCAAUUCAGUAAUCUACCAUUGACAAUUUGAGGCGUCCCAAUCUGGCCUCAGCAAGGGAGAUAAAUAUUCGAUUAGUCCAAGCCUAUCCAGAUCUAAUGCAAUUGAUGAUCAAGUAUAGGUCUGUAGUCUUUCAAAUUCAAUUCUUCCUUUUCAAUUAUAAGUUUAUGUCACUUAGACAAAAAAUAUUACCGUAUAAUAGUUGGGUGAUUCUUGAUCAUUAAGGCCAGACAAAGAAUAUAUGUGUUUCCUGUAACAUUUUGGAAAAAUUUAGGAUAUACAUGUAGGUUACACAUUUCAUUUUUAAAUAUAAUUAUUUUGGUUUAUAUAUACAAGUGAUCGUGACUUUAACAGUGCUUCUUUGAAAAUUGCCUUAAAUUUUUUAGGGUAAGCACAAACACUUAUUGUAGGUAGGGUUACAGGAAACACCAAAUAUUUUUUGUUUGGCCUUCAAAACUCAACACAUUAUUUUUUUGGUGAAAAUCUAGCAAUCUGUGAAAUAUGAACGUGAAAUGUGUUGUGAAUGCUUGAAUAAUUGUAUGGCUGAAUGUUCCGGUUGCUUUUAAAUUGAAACAGUCAUGUGUAUGAAUAAAUGUUUCACUGAU